GAAACAGACGUCACAAUAUAAUCUCCAAGAAAUGUGCGUACUUGGAUUACAGAAUCUGUUGGUUUUGCAAAUCUUCCAAAAAAAAUCUGUGAGUAGUUUUUUGAUGUCUCUUACAUGUAUGACAGUUAUAUGAAUAACUCAUGGAGGGUGUGAUCAUCGAACGCGCGUAAUAUAAAGUGAGCUCGCUGAGCGCAACAUCACUGAAGUCUGAUAGAUGAAACGCGCAGAAUGUUUUUCUUUACAGUAUUGAUGUUGCCGCUCCUGUUGUGCCCCGGUUCGUCAGAGGAGCGCACGUAUCAGCGAACGGAUCCGGUAACCCGCCAGAUUCUCGUAUGCGAGCGAUGUCCGCCGGGCUUUCGUCUGCGCGCGCACUGCACGAGCUCGCGUCGGACGCAGUGCGUCCCCUGCGUCGAGGGUCUGUAUACGGAAUUCUGGAACUACAUCCCCAACUGUCUGAUGUGCGACGCGUGCGCAGACCUGCAGCGGGUCGUGCGGCCGUGUAACGGGACCGUGAACACCGUGUGCGAGUGUGAGCGCGGACUCUUCUGGGAUCAGCACUUCUGCCGGAGACACGCGACGUGUAAACCGGGACACGGAGUUAAGACGCCAGGGAGUCCACACAGAGACACAGUGUGUGAGUUGUGUCCAGAUGGACAGUUUGCUGACAUCACAAAAACACACUCGUCAUGUGUCAAUCACAGUGUUUGUGUGAUGAACGAGCAGCUCGUGAUACAGGGAACCAAGUGGCGUGACAACGUGUGUACCACAUGCGAUCACAUCAAAACUCAAGGUUGGCUGGAUUUAUUCAGGCCGAUUGUCUCCGGUCUGUUCGUCCACCAGAAGAUCACCCCACAACGCCUGAAGCGGUUCGUCGAUCAGCGACUGCGCAGGCACACGUUCAGAUCCGAGUGGAGCACAGAUGAUCAAGCCGAGCGGAUCAAAGACUGGAUCGGUCGAGCAUCAGUCAAAGAACUGCUCAACCUGCCUGAUAUGCUGAAGAAAUCACGUCUGGAUCCGCUGGCAGAAAAAAUCGAAAACAAGAUUAAGAAAUUUCAGAUGUUUGCUGAUCACUGCAAAGGCAUGAAUGUGAUCUCAUAAAGCAUUGCUGUGUUUGACUACUGUUACACAUGUCAAAUAUCACUGUAGGAUCUGAAGUCCUUUUCUUAAAUUAUUUCUAGAUUGUGUUUUCACUGUUGUUGAAUUUAGGCAGAAAUGAGUUGGAUUCAAUUUCUUUAAAGCUCGAGUGAAACUCUAUGGAUGUCAUAUUUGUGCACUUCAAAAUGUUUUAACGCUUUUUAAUGUUUUUAUGUUCAAUUAACUGAAAAUGCUCUCUUGAUGAGGUUUAUACCACCUUUGACUGUAAAGACAUUUGUAAAUAUCAUUUUGAAAAAAAGAUAUGUUUUAUCAUUUAAAGAUUGAUCGUCUAAAAUGUUUUGCUAUUUAUAUUAAACAAAAUAGUUUUAUUUAUUUAUUUUAUUUAAACACUAAACUACCAACACUAAACCUAACAGCAGGUCUCUUGCAGCUGUGUUGAACUUUUCAAAUAAACAUCCAGCACAUUGAACGGAUGUUUUAGUGGAUUAUUUCUUCAUAAUUGUGUUUGGGGAUUGAAUUUAUGGGAGAAAGAAGAAAAUGAAAAUUGUGUAAUGAAAUUGUGUAAUGAGUUUUUUUAAAAGAGGACUUGAUUUUGUUGAUAUUUUUAUACAGUACAGUACAGUACUAACAUUAGACUCCAGUGUAAAUCUGUGUUUUACUCACUCACUUCAUUUCAACCAAAUAAACACUUUACAUUUUUUAGUUUACAAAAGUGAGUAUGAAAUACUCUACCCAGAAAUACUUGAACAGGUUCUGCUCCUGGGGUGUAUUACAGAAACUUUCCUAAAAUAUCAUAGGCUACUGUAUGUUCAAUUAGGACUUUUUGCAAAUUCAUAUAACAGAAGCAAAUCUGAAGUUGAUUUAGGAUUCUCAUUUUAUAUUAGCAGGAAAUCUUAAAUCUCUUAUGGGAGUAUCUGGCACUAUAGUGUAAUUAGGUAAUGUGUCAUUUUUAAAC